CGAAGAAGAAGCGGUUCCUACGGUAACGCACUGAAGCGGUGGAGGAUCACGGGAAAUAUUCUGCAACUGACGCAGAGGGAGUUUCGAAAUAUUGUGUAUUUAGUUCUGGUGAAACAUGUGAAACGUGUCCUGUAGCUGUAUUUCCGUACCCGUCUGGACUCCACAAUCAAAUGGAAGAACUGAUUCUGUCUUCCAAACAUGGAGCUAAAGCUGGAGGUAGUUUUGUCAUCAAGCAUCAAAAGAAAGAAACCAUGGCCGCGGUUCUGCUGGCUGGGUCAGGAGAAGGAGUCUGUGUUCCUGUUAGAUGACAAACGGAUCAGUGAGAUCAACAUGGUGUCGGGUCGCACCAAGAGAAGAACCCCGAAGCUCCAUCCUCUGCUGAACAACGUGGUGACGAUGGGUUCAUCCCACAACGGUGUGUGGCUGUGUGGACUCUUGGGAUCAGGAGAGCUGUUUCUGUGGAACAGAGAUAAGGACAUGUUGAAAACCACCUCAGCAGUUCCAGAAGUAGUUCAGAUGAUUUCAGAGGUUCAAGGACAUGCCUCGAAGCUGUGUCUCCAGGUUUCAGGGGAUGGUACAGCUGUGCUCCUUGUCGCUGUAACGGGACAUGUUUUCCUGUGGGAAUGUCUGGAUGUCAGAGAUCUGAUGGGGAUGCGAGACUGCACAGUCAGUGGAACCUGGGCACAGAUCCAGCCUUUGGAAGACACCCUUCUGCCUUCUGCACGAGACAAAGAGGCCUCUGUACACACCAUGUUUGUGAAGACAGAGACUUUUGGUGACACCUGCCUCUCAGCAUUUGUUUUUACAUCUGGGAAAAAGCUAAUCAUCACCUUCCUGAAAAUUCAGUGGCAGGAGGGCCAGCUGAAGUUGGGUCCUGUAGACUACAGCGUCCACUGGUCCACCCAGUCAUACCCCAUGGCUCGUCUCACCCCUCCUUGCCAACCGGUGAAGUCCAGAGGAGCUUUGGUUCCAGCGUUCUCUCCUGAUGGGAAUCUGUUAGCCAUCGUCCUGAACCAGAGACAGCCCAGGGCGACGCAGGUCCUGUUUAUAAGCACGCAGAAUUUUGUGUCAGUGUCAAGAUGCCUUGGAGGAUGUGGAAGCAAGAAAAAGGACAUCCCCUCUAAGUACAUAAGAUCCUACUGGGUUGGGAGUGUGAGCUGGUCAGCUGAUGGUCUGUUUCUGGCUUGCGUUCUCAAGAGAGGCUCUCUUCUGAUGCUGCCUCGCCUUGGGGGCCUUCUUACACUGUCAAGCCUGGGUUGUAACGUUGACUUUGGACCUGCACAUUUCCUCCCGUUGCACCCCCUGGUCACAUAUCGGCCUCCGUUGUCUGCAGGGAAAGCGGAUCUGUCCUUGUCUAACUCUAGCAUCUCACUGCGGGACGUCAUGAGGCAGAGAUACUCAGUCACCUGGCAUCCUCGUCUUCUCUACCUCAUUGUAUCUGACGGCUACAUGGCCACGCUUCUGAAGGUGAAAGACAGGACAACCCCUGCUCUGCUGCUGAAAACGAUACUAAUGGACACCAGCAGGGACCUGGAGAGGGCCAGCCAAAGACUGGAUAAGUCAGAGCCUCAUGUUAGGGCAUGGCUGGAUUCCGUAUCUUGUCUGAAUCUGGAGAGCAGCCUGGAGGAUUUCAGCCAUGGUGUCAGUCGCCGGCCAAACACCACAGACUGGGUCACUUCUGGAGCCGCAGACAGACUGCCCCUUUUCCUGCAAGACCAGGGUACAAUGGGCAACACCAGGGAGCUUCUGGAAAAAGUCCAGAACGUCUUUGAGGAGGACUCAGAUCUGGACGGUGUUCCUGCUGGUUCCCAUGUGGAGGACGGCGGCCAUCUAGAGUUCGCCUCUAUGUUUGACACUCUCCAUGCGCUGGACACGUUCACCGACUCUCAACUUCUUCCCAGUCCAGAUUUUGAGAAACACGUCACGGUGUCAGACAGGAAAAUUCCUCCACUCCCUCGUGAACUCGAAAAGAUACAAACUAAGCUGUUGAGUGCGUGGGCUUUUGGUUUGUCUCUGGGAAACUGUGUAGAACAUGGAACUCAUCUGCUGAAGCACACUCUCACCUGCGUGGUCCGAUUCGCUGCUUUACUCCAUUUGCUUCCCAGCUCCACUGUCCACACAGGAGAAGCCUCCACUUCCCUUCUGCUCUUUCUCAAAGCGCUUUUGCAUUUCCUCCCUUGGAAUGCCGCUCGCUCAGAUGGAUCUCAGUGCAUUGGGCUUUUGAUAGAGUUCAGUAGACGGCUGGUUCGCCUGGUGCUGACCCCAGACCCUGAGUCCUACCAGACCGGUCACUGUCAGCUGUCCUCUCACAGUCUGUCUGCGGCCAUGCGUAUCCUUCAGCUGGUCUCUGAUUCUCUGGACCACACCUACAGCCUACAGCAAAGACAGCUCUGGUUUCCUGUCCCAAACGAAGCUCAUUCUCAGUCACCACAGCUCUCGUCUUUAGAUUUAUACCACGUGCCUCUGCUUCAAACCAGUACACAGGAGAACCCCCACACAGAACAUCAGACACGGCCUGCUCUCCUGAAACCAUCCAGCAGGUUACAUGGAGUCUGGAGGUAUGUGUACGUGAUCACUCAGCAGUACAUGGAAGAGCUGAAAAAUGUGGAUGGUUGUGACAGCUGGGAGGCUGAACAUCAGCAGAUAUCCACCAUCAUGUCAGAGAUCCAGGUGGCUCUGCAGGCUACAGGAGAAAGGCUGGAGGAGGGUUCUACACUCUUGGAUUACACAGGCGAACAUCUUUUUCUGUGUGGGUUUUACUCAAAAAGUGCUGAAAUGUGGCAAAGGCAAAUCUGGGAAGAGAGCAAAAAAAGCUGUGAUCACAGUUUGUUUCAGGAGAAACGGCUUUGUCUGGCUCUCCUGUACAGUCUCUUGUCCCAGUACCACCUGAGAGAAGCCCAGGAGCUGGGAGACCACAUGGCCCAUCUAAUACUGCAAAGGGCCCCAGACCAGGACUUGAUAAGAGAUGACUCUCCUCCGUGCUCGUGGCUGCCCGUGGACCUCAGCACUGACACGGCCUGUGCAGUGGUUCAGACCCUGGGAAGAUUCAUGGCUUCCUACUUCGCCAACCAACCCCUUUACAUCAUGCCACCACACAGCGUGGAUGUUCUACCUCCUUUACAUGUUCCUCAUGCUCCUAGUAUCGGCCGUUUGGUUCCUCUGUGCCAAGAGGAGGUGGCUCGAGCAGUUCGACAACAGCAGCUCUCAGAAAUAUGGACCGUGGAAUAUGCACAGGACCUGCUGCUGCUGGGGGGUCUGCUGCCAGAGACUGUGUGGGUGGCUUACCAUGUUGGAGACUGGAGGACAGCGGUGUCUCUGAGCCUAGCAUAUACAAGCUACUGCACUCAGCUGUUUGAUUUCACUCGUCUCAGGAGAAGAGAGUUCCACCUCCCGACAGCUUUAGAACCAGCAAGCCUUUUUAAGGAGGGGCUGGAUUGUCUUCUCUGCAGUAAGGACGAUUCCCAACAACACAAAGAAAAGGAUGGUGACAAGAGCUUCACAGUAGAUCCUUUAGAGGGAGAAGACUGGGACUUGCUGCAGGUUUCCAUACAGGAGAUUCUGAAGGCGUCGGUCAUGGCUGCGGUGGAUGUUUUGUCUUCCCCCUUGUCGUCUUUACUGGAUACGGCCAAAGACUUGUGCGCUUGCUUGACCGCCAUUGUGCCGGGUGGAUUGUAUCUGCCUUCCCCACCACUUUAUUGUCCUCAGCCUUCUCCAAACACACAGGAUCCAGUUGGGACAUUAGUGCAGUUUACAGAAGUCGCAUCCCGCCAUGAAGUUUCUGGAGUCCUGCGGAGAUUACUCUUACUCCUGAGAUCUGCUCGUUGUUGCCUUCCUGCAGCUCAGUGGUACAUCAGCCAACUGCGCCGCGUCAGACACCUUCUGCACAAGAUAAAGAAGAAGUAUUCCUAUCCAGGAGUUUCAGAAGAAGAAAAGGCCUUCCCAGAGGCUCUGAUGAAGUUCAUCGGCAAGGGGGGGUUCUUCAGACGGGGACCGCAUAAAGACAGUCACCUGGACGGUCAUUCUGGCAUCACUCAGGCUAUAAUCUGUUUCAGGGAGCUAUGCGGUUUAUGCUGGAUGCUUCAUGUCCGAGACCAGCUCUCUAUUUCUUGUCGGAAGUAUCAGGCAGCCAGGCAGCACGAUAAAGACAAACAGAUUCCUAAUAAUUCAGAAGUGAGAUCUACUUGUGUCGAUGCUCUUCGCUGGGCAUGCCGUUACCUGCCUUUCUCUCGUUUCCUUAACGCUGAAGAAAUCUGUCAGGAUAUGGUGCUCAGCCUUGUGUCGGAACUACCACCCUUUUCUCUGGUGGCUGAUACGGUAGCGCAGGCGUUCCCAGAGGAGGAGGAGUCUGUGAGAGUCCCACUGAGGGAAAAGUAUAACUCACUACUGCAGACGCUACGACGGUGUGAUGUCCUCGAAGAGGAUGAAAAUGAGGAAGGAAAUGAGUCGAUGAUGAUUCUGAUUGGAGACAAACUCAGGCAGAGGAAAAAACAUCUGAGACGUUUGCAGAGGCAUCUUGGCCCCCUUGAGCUCCACUUGUGGGAAAAAGAAAUGGAAGAGGACGACUGGGGAAGCAAACACGGCAUGGCCAUGCUACGGCAGCUGUCCCUGGGUACCAGUCUGAGCACCAGCAGCUUAACGGACUGUGGGUUCCCUCCUGUCUACAGUGAUGGAGAUACUAUAGAAAAUAUUUCUGAGGCACCGGUUUCUCCCAAGCAGCAUAAACGACCCACGACCAGAAGCAAAAAAGCUAAAAUGCUCCACAGAGGGGAUGCACAGAAUAUCGCUGUUAGGAUUGAGAGUGUCAUUAAGGAAGAGAGUCACUCAGGUGAUACUAAAGACAACGACAGCCACCUUAAGUCGAAGCAGCCGUCCCUACCAGUAGUUGGUACCUGGGAGUUUGAGCUGGAGGAUGAAGAGUAUCUAAACUUCUUACAGGUCUUCCUCAGCUAUGUGCUGGAGAAGGAUUUUGCUGAUGGAGUGAACACAAGCAAUGAACUUCCUUUGCUGAAGGACUUUUCCCUCAAGUUGAGGGAGAGGGAGCUGCAUUCUCUCACCUUUGAUGUUCUCACAACUAUGCAUCGACGACAGAGGGAUAAACACCACGAAUCAAGAAGGAAGUCCACCAAAGAGCCUCCAGUGUUCAGGGCCGGGUGUUGCUUCAGGCAAAUGAAACAAGGUCCGACUUCGCUAACCUCCUCCAUAAGUGAAGCCCACAUAUCGAGAAGUACCCUAUCUGUGGAUUUUCUUUCUGACCUAAAGGCAGGUGUCCAAAAAGGUCUAUUUGCCCCCCGAAAGCAGAGCAGUGGAUUUUUACACCAGAGAACAAAGCCAGGCCACUGCAGCUCAAAGACGAGCCCUAUUCGGAGCGCUGUUUCCACGGAGCAGUCGUCUGCCUGCUGGUUUGGCUCCUCAGCUUCUGUGGAUUCUAUGAUGGAACUACAGCAGGGCCUGGAUCCGAAACUAGACGCUCAGUUUCCAGAGCUGGGCCGGCUGCUGGAGUGGAUGGUCCGCUGGGCUGACAGGAGGGGGCCACUGGGACACCAUGGCAAAAAGAGGGAGAGGGAGAGGGGAGAAGGGGCAGCCGAUGGAGGAGUAGUGCUCCGUGUCAAAGCGUCUGUUCCUGCUGUCCUUACGUCCCUCAGUUUGACGGAGAGCAAGUACUCGGCUCUGUUCAGGACAGACCGCUACACCGCCCACAUCCAAGUCCCACAAACACAGUGGAUUGUAGCCCCUGUGCUGAAACCAGCGCUGGAUGGGAAACUGGAAAGAGAGGGUGGUGUGGAUAGAUGCCGCCCUGAAUCCACCAACACUUCCAUCACUGUUCAUGAUCACAGUCCACAACCAGAAGUUUCCAUUGUGUCUGAAGUAGAUGAACAGGCCAUUCCUACAACACAUGUCCAUGAUAACAGUCAACAAACCUUUGAGACUCCGAUAAGAACAUCAGGAGCACAACAACUCCUUCUUGAUGAUCUCGAUGUUACGCCUGAAAAAGAAGGCAAAAGCUGUCACAGUGAUGUCCCUGAGGACUCAUCUUCUGUUUCCAGUGAAAACUCUUGCACACCUCAAACAAGUUUAAAGCUCGCAGACCUCAACAUCUCAGAAAACAUGUCCAUUUCUGACCUUAUGUACCGAAAAACCACAGCACAUGAAGAGUUCCAAACUCCACCUGCUGCUCAGCCUGAGCCUGUGGUUCAUGCAGGUUCUGAUCCACCUGAGGUUCAGCUCUCCAACGUACCUACAGAUCCAAGCCUUGAGCCCCACAGCUCCACAGCGGGUGGACCCACCACAGUGCCUUCUGCCACUGAUCAGCCCUCAUGCAGUCCACAGGCUCCACAGAUCAGACGUCUGGGUGAAGACUUAUUCAGACUGGUCCAGAAUAUCAACUACAUAAGCCUGAUGGAGGUUUUGGAUACUUCGUUUUCCAACCUGCAGCUUGCCCAGCAGAACUCCUCUGUGGCCCAGUCUAACGUGAACCCCUUAAACUCUAAUGUGACAUUCCCUUAUGCUAGGAACUUCAUACCUCAGCUAAAUUCCGUACCUGUUCAAACCAACGUGUCUGUGGUGCCUCAGACACAGACUAGUGGGCCAAAUUCAGGAUCUGAGAAAAUCCACUUCAGUCAGGCGCCUCCGUGUACACAUGUUUUCCAGCCUUCAACUAGUUACCAGCAUCACACCACAAGGAAUGUCCCUCCAACUGGAAGUGGUGCAAGCGCUCAGUGUCAGGAAAUGCAGCCACUUUCUGUUCAGGCAGAAUCUCCAGCGGUCCAGUUCAGGGAAAGCAGGACUUUAAUCCCGUGCUCCCAGGGGCUUCUUACCACCACAGACUCCAGCCAUGCAGUCCACAGUGUCCCUGCAGUAGUUCCCUCUAAUGAUAGUAUACAAAGUGAUCCUGUUCCCCUGGUCUCAGGCCUCAAGUUGCUUCAGCUACAUCCACCUCGGUUGCCCCAGCAGAGUGCUUCACACUGUUUCCCAGUACAGCAGACUCCAAACCCUGCAGCUAAAGAAUGCAGUCAGUCCAAGCCAAACGUCAGUGGCCAAACUGGGACUUCAGUGCCAAGAAGACAACUUGAUUUUAAUAGAGACUCAACUCAUAAUCUCCCUCCCAGGAGCUUUCAGCUGCAGAAUCAGAUGUCAGACAGAUCGAAGGCACAGGAGUUGCCAGUGUUUUCUCCUGGUUUAUUCGCUCACACACAUUCAAAUCCUCUGGGACUCCGCCUUCUGCACUUUGAGCCUGAUUCACGCAGCAACGUCAUGUUUCCCAAACUCCCAACGCAGGCUUCCUCCAGGCCAUCGCCUACUAUUGUACCUCCAAUGGGAGGAACUCAGAAGAUCAAGCUUCUUCGCAUAGAAUCGCAACCAAAAAUGAUGUGUCCCCCGGCAGCGUCUCCAGUCCAAAUGGCUCGCCUCAUCCCUCUAGAGGAGUUGGCGUAUUCAGUGAAGAUGCGGAACAUUGAAGAGGCUCAGUUACAGCUGCUUCAAGUAGAACGUCCGUCUGAAAGCACUGACACAACUGCUGCUUGUUUAACCUCCAGCUCAAGCAAGAGGCAGAAGAGAAGAGAUAAGAUGCAAAAAGCAGAGGUCACCUUCAAACCAAAUGUUUCCAUCAUCCCGACACAAGAGCCCUCAGAUGAGCCUGCAAUUUUAGAGGAGAUAACCGAUGGGCCAGAUGUUGCCAGAACACUUGGGUCUUUGGUCACCGGUCAGACAUUAGUAGAGAAGGCCAUGUCCACUGCAGCUGAGCUCCAUGCCUUUGCAUCUACGUGUAAAAGGCCUCCUGAGUGUCACGAUGCUUUCACCAACACAGACCCAGCUCGUCCUCCUACUCUUGUGUAUAAAGCUGUUUCUGUCCAAACCUCUGUGAAUGCAGGUAGCCCCAAACUGCAAAAUUUCAGGAAUCAGCCGGAAGACAAAGAUUCUCCAGUUGGAUCCAAAAAGGACGAAAUGAAUCUGUGUCUGGAUGGCCGUCAGUUCCUAAGUGUCUUGGAUCUAGAAGAUAAAUCCCUACACCAGGACUUGCCCCCCAGUCUGACUCUCAGCCCUCAAACUCCGAACCCCCCCCUCAUUCCUGCUUCCCCUACAUCUGCUUCGCUUCAUAUUCUGGCCACCUCUGUUCUCACCACUGCUCCUACUGAUGAUGUUGAUCUGCAAACCUCAGUCGAUUGUCCUGAAGAUCUGAUGAAGCCCUCCACUCAUCCAGAUUCCCCUCAGAAUGCAGCUCCACUCAGCCCCUCUGAGAACGGUGGAGAAGCAGAUGGAAUGACUGCAGAUCAGUCCGACUCUGAGGUCUGCAGAGCCUUAAAGGCCCACAGGGUGGAGUCCUGCACCACCUCUUCCUCUACACUCCCACCACGCUGGUUCUCAUCUCGUCUGUCAGAGCUGGAUUCGCAGCUGGCUGCCCUGCAGAACAUCGCAGAUGGUCUGGAAAAAGACUUCUCCAACUCCAGGAUGUUGGUGAAUGCCAUUGAAAAGCUCAGCCCAGUCCUGGCGUCUGAUGUAAAAACCACCACAAUAUUAAGAAAAACUGUUCGACUCGCCGUCCCACAUGAAGCAUGGACACCACAACUAGACACUUUAAUAGAACCGAAGGCCUGUGAAGAGGAAGAGGAGGAAGAGGGACAUGUGGCAGAUGAAGACUCCAGGACUCUGUCUGUUUAUUCCACUAAACCUGGUCCUUCCAGUCUUCACACACCAACAAAGUUCAAAGAGCAGCUGGGUGAAGUAAAUGGGAUAUCUGAAAUAUGGACGGAGGACAAUCUGGGUCAGUCGGAGCUAUCUGAUACAGCAGAAAUCUUAGACGAACUGGUUAGGGAGGGGUAUAUAUCACAGACCGACCUGGAUCUGUCCAUGCCACACACUGACGACCACAGGAGCAGGCUGGAGGUCCACCAGAGCAGCUGGAUGUCACAAGACCGAGUCCUUCCAGAGGACGAGAGGAGGGAGCUGAGGGUGUGGAUGAGGAGAAAACAAAGGGAGAGACUGGCUGUGUAUCAGAAACACAGAGAAGCCCUGAGAGAGAGGGAGCACAGACCCUUUUCAUCCUCUGGAACACUGAGAUCAACAAAUAAAACUCAACAGACGGUUUGCAGAACUAGAGCGGAAAAAGAAAAGGUGAAGCUUCUGGAACAGUACUACCACAGAACCCUGGAGGCCUGCUCUUUGGCCGCAGCUCCUCCACCAACACCAGGGUCUUUACGAGCGGACCGGCCCACCACCGCUCCACCCUCUAACAGCACCUACAGGGUUUCCAGUGCACCUGUCAGUGACGGUAGAAGCCUUGACUAUCAGCUGCGACCUCGCUCACAGACUGGGUGGCAGGGGUGGUCUUCAGAGGACUACCGCAGGAGGCUGGGACUACACAGACCUGUGACUUCUCUGCCAAAGGACCGUCUGUCUCAGGUGACCCGCCGUGGUAUGAUUACCAACACAAAGAGAGGAGGUAAAGUGCACAUCAGACAUCCAAGAACAGCAGUUUUAAACACCAUGAGAGGAACCCAGACGGAACAGAAGAAGAAGGACAAGACCCAGAUGGACCAGUGGUGGAAGUCCUCUGCAGAACCCUGGAGGCUGUCGGACACAGAAGAAACAGAUAAGACAAUCCCGGCCGGAGCAUGUGACCCCCAGGCAGACGCUCCUGCAGGGGGGGGUUCAGGGAUGGACUGGUUGGAUCGUCUGUCUGACAGCGGCGGCAGUAGCCUCAGUAAAAUCGACUGGGCUGCAAUCGAGAGGAUGGUCGCUGAUGAGGAAAGUUAGUUUUACUGCAUAAAAACAAAAAAGAUUCUGAUAUGACUUAAACUGACAAUCUGUCCAGGACUUGACUGUAUGUGCCUGUUUAUAUGGAAACACUUAAGACGGGGAUGUUUCAAAUAAUUCUGGAGAUAAAAUAUUUUCAGCGUUUGACAGAAAUAAAUAAAUAAAUACUGAGAACUUAUUUCAUCGUCAGAGUCAUAAAUCCUUUAGUGGAGGUUGUAAUGAAACUGAACAUCUCCAGAAUGUUCUGUUGUUGACUUUGUAGGUUUGUGCCAUUUGAGUUUGUAAAGUUUACUAUAUUUAUACUUUAUUUUGUAAAGACUUCACUGUCGCAAAACUAAAUAAAAAAACUUUUCCCUCACA